CGCUCUGGUCCGUCUACCAUACACGUUCGGCUUUGGUCCGUUUGCUAAGCUGUCCGUAGUGAAACAAGAAGGUUUUUCUCAACUGCUAGUGUCGCCCAAACCUACCGUGAAACUAGCUUACUCUCAACGUGGAAGAAGUUUAUAAAUCCACAUUACCUACUGGAGUUUAAAUCGGCAACGUUAGACGAACCGCUGUUGCCGACGUUGUUUAUAGAGAGCACGAAGAAUUCCCAUUAUACGGUAGCAAGAAAUUGACGCUUUACGUCUUUGAACGAGGGUGCGACUCAGCUAGAACAAGCUGUUCUACUAAGAUUUAUCAAUGGACGCGGUUGUGCAGUUUACCAGCCAAAGUCAAGGAAGGGACCGUAUAUUCAGAGCAACUCAAUAUGCAUGUGCACUGUCGGUUUAUUUACUUCGGAACAACUCCGAAAGAAAGGACCUUGUGGCGAAACUCAAAAGUCUGGAAACCAACAUGAGCGCUGGAAGAAAACUGUUCAGGCUGGGGAACACAAUAAAUUCCAUUGAGGCUGCUAAGCGAACCAUGCAACUCUCUGACCGAGUGCUGAGCCUCUGCCUUACUGCGGCCAACGCCAACCGCGCCCUCUACUUUAUCUGUGACAAUGUACUUUGGGCCAGAAAUGUCGGUCUUAUCCGCGAUAUCGACAAGGAACGCUGGAGUCUGAAUGCCUCUCGAUGCUAUUUCCUCUCGCUAGUAACAAGUCUGACCAGAGAUGUUUAUGAAGUCAUCCAGUUAAUGGCACAGAAAGCAAGAGACAGACACUUUAGACAGAAAAUGGAGCUGCAUCUCAAUGAGAGUCCUGAAGUGGCCGAAGCAGUCAUCCCUCAGCUGGAUGCGUUUCUCUUUCUGCUGUUAGAGAGCCUGAGAUCACAUCCUGCUGUUGCCUUGGACAUGCUUAAAAAUGUAUGUGAUCUCUUCAUUCCCCUUGAUAGGUUGGGUAUAUACCAAUUAAACGCAGGAGUGGUAGGAUUUUGUGGUUUGUUAUCUUCAGUGAUUGGGAUUGUAACCCUUGCACAGCCCAAGUUAAGACUCAGACCCUGAUAAGAAGGGUAGAGUUAAUCCUGCUGACUAACUGCAGAUAAAAGGAUUUAUCCUGACAGGAUGUAGUGUGUCUACCUGAAGCUGUAAUGGUGGACUAACGUAGACCUGGUGCACAUUGAGAUUAGGGCACAAUUUGUAACAUUUAAAUCAGGCCAGCAGCAACAACUGAUGGCAUGACUGGAUUUGAUUUUUUUGUCAUGGAUUCUUGAUUAACAAAAUGACUAAACAUUGAAUGGGGAACUGGUGAAGUUUAAAACUCUGGUAUGAAAGGAAUACAAAUCAAGUUAACAUAGAAUUAAAAGAGCCAAGGCUUAACUUGUGUGCAUUCCUUUCUUCUCCAGCACUGCGUGUAACACCAGUUUUCUUACUACUGUACUUUCAAAAAAGGGCUCUUUACUGAUGCACAUAUCUCUUAGAAAAAGUAAACUGUUUACCACUCUAUGUCCACUGUCUUUAUCUUUUCUCCAUUUGUGAUAAGAUGCUGCUAAAAUGUUUACCUCAAUGUGAUAGUGAUAAACUGCUUCUCGGCCAAACGUGCUUCCAGAGGGGAAAAAGCAGCUGAGAGAUUUCAGGGGAUAGGAUUCUCUCACAGUAGACAUCUUGUCUUGUCAUUGUAGGAAAAGCACAGAAUUACCAAUAACACAAACAAUGGCUAUGUUCUAAUUUGUCUUCUGUGAAAAAGUAUUUUAUCUCACCUGUUAGGACUCAGACAGCAGAAUGAAUGUCACUCAUGACCUGUAUGUCAAUUUAAAAUGUAAAUUAUUGAUAUCAAUACAAUUGGUGUUAUAUUUGAAUGAGUAGAGACACUCGAUAAUGUGAUAACAAUAAUAUUCUUAAUAUAUUGUUUAGUACGCUUGUGUAUAUAUGUUAUUAAAAUCUUUGAUUAAAACAAGUGCGGAGGAUAAAGUAGAGACCUCCAACUCCCUCUAGAAAAUAGCUAAUAUUAGACUUCAGUUCUAAAAGCUGCGAGUGAGAUUUACAAUGACAUGAAGUUUGUUUCAUUCCAGGGGACCUAAUGUUUUUACUGUCACACUUGAUUUCAAAGGUUAAUAAAUACUAUAAAAACA